UUUUUUUUUUUUUUUUUUUUUUUUUAAUGUCUGAUGCAACGGAGCUCUCGGCAAAGGAAUGGGGCUGUGGUUGAAUGGCCGUGGGUAGUGACUGGGGGGUCCGGCCGAGGUAAGAGCAGCAGCGUGCAUUCCCCGGAGGUGAGAGAGCUGGAGAGCUGGUGUGUUUGCGGGAGGUUUGAGUGCAUGAAGUAGCAAAACGAGCAGAGUUGUUGUCUUUGCAACCUCGCUGCUGCAGGAAAAAGGAGAAAAACUUCCCGUGCCUUCUUGGCAAAUCAGGAGGCUUUGUUGGUAGCGCCGGGGUGGUUUUAAUGCAUUUUGUGCGUGAGAUUAUUACAUAAGGUUGAUAAUUUCUGUUGCUGCUGGAUUUCCCCUCCUCUCCCCCCUCCCCCCUUGGGUAGUGUGCAGAUUUCGCUGGCUCGCUUUGAGUGAGUGAACUGGCGAUUUGCGAAGUUGCAAAGAGCCCCUCCGCCCCCUUUUUUGCAUCCUUCUCCUCUCCCCUUUGCACUGCUCCGCAGAUGACAAAAGGAGUAAACUUCCUCUACUUUUGCUGGCAUAUUAAGAAGCCUUUCUGGAGAGAUUACGUUUCAGGUCUUGGGAGAACCUCUUUUCUUCUUCCCCUUGGUGGAAAUACUUAUAAAACCUGUCUUUGAAACCAUUGCCCAACCCAGGGAUCAGCGAACAGAGACCCGUUAUGCCAGGAAUGGUCACUAAAAACCCAGAUCUCGAGUUCGACUCUUUGCAGCCCUGUUUCUAUCCAGACGAAGAUGAUUUUUAUUUGUGCGGGCCGGACUCUGCUCCCCCCGGCGAGGACAUCUGGAAAAAGUUUGAGCUGCUGCCCACCCCUCCCCUGUCUCCCAGCCGGGCCGGGCUCCAGGAGCACCCUCCGGGGGGAGCCCCGGUGCCGUGGGGAGGGGCGGCCUUGGGGGGCUGCCGCCCCACCGACCCCCUGGACUGGGCGUCCGAGCUACUCCUGCUGCCCCCCGAGGCCGACCUGUGGGGCGGCGCGGACGGAGGGGAUUACUUCGAGACGGGGCCCGGCGUGACCAACAAUCUCAACUCCAUCAUCAUCCAGGACUGCAUGUGGAGCGGCUUCUCGGCCCGCGAGAAGCUGGAGCGGGCGGUCAGCGAGAAGCUGCAGAGCAAGGCGCCCGUCGCCGCCGCCCCGCCGCCCCCCCCGGGGCCCGCGAGCGGCCCCGCCGACGGCAGCGGCCGGACGGAGCUGGGCGGCGCCGUGCCCGAGUGCGUGGACCCGGCCGUGGUGUUCCCCUUCCCCGUCAACAAGCGGGAGGCGCCGGCGGCAGCCCCGGCGGCCGGUGGGGCUCCGCGGGGCGGCCGCUCUCCGCGCCCCGCCGGGGACAGCCGGGCCAGCAGCAGCAGCAGCAGCAGCUCCGGGGACGACAUGCUCAGCGAUUCGGAAGAUGAUGAAGAGGAGGAAGAAGAGGAUGAAGAAGAAGAAAUAGAUGUUGUUACAGUGGAGAAAAGACGCUCCUCCACCAACAAGGCUGUUACUACCCUUACUAUUACAGUGCGUCCUAAAAAUACCACUUUUCCAUCAGUUAGGACACAGCAGAAUGGACUGAUUUUAAAGCGUUGUGCACCGAUUCACCAGCAGCAUAAUUAUGCUGCUCCUUCUCCAUAUGUGGAGCCUGAAGAACCUCCACCACAGAAAAAGCUAAAAACCGAGGUGCCCCGUCCAGUGAAGCCCAUGAUCCAACCAAAGCCUAAGAGUUCAAGUCCUCGAAACUCUGAUUCAGAGGAUAGUGAACGGCGACGCAACCAUAACAUUCUGGAGCGUCAACGACGUAAUGAUCUACGGUCAAGUUUCCUCACACUAAGGGACCAUAUUCCAGAACUGGUUAAAAAUGAGAAAGCUGUGAAAGUUGUGAUCUUGAAAAAAGCCACUGAAUAUGUUCAUUCUCUUCAGGAAGAGGAGCAAAAAUUAUUGCUAGAAAAGGAAAAAUUGCAAGCCAGACAACAACAAUUGCUAAAGAAAAUAGAAUACAGGAGGACUUGCUAGACUUUUUUUUGUUUUGGUUCUUUUUUUUUUUUUUUUUUGGCUGACCAGGACAGUCAUUGCCACUUUGCACAUUUUUGAUUCUUUUAAAAAAAUUGUGUUUUUUGACGUUAAGAAUGUUGGUUUUAAUUUCAAUCCAGUCCCUGAAGUAAUUGACAAACUGUAUUAUCCGGGUACGGAGCAAAUGGAUGUUCUUGCAAGGAGUUUAUUGCAAGACUACCAAACAACAAUGAACUGCCUUUGUUUUUCUUAAGAACUGUAGAUGGUGGGGAAUUUUUUUUUUUUAAUUGUUGUGAGCAUUUGGAGCUGCUGAUGACAUCUAGUUGAGUUUUAAAAUGUUCAUUCCUAAGUUUUAUGGUGCUUAUGUUCUAACAGAUGUUACUUUAGGGGUUGGCAUUUUGUACCCCUGUGGGAAUUUCUGUAAAUACCAUCUACACACUUGCCUUUUGUACAUGUCUUGGGUUAUGAGAGGUGGCUUUUGCUGCCAGUAUUAGACUGGAAGUUCAUACCUAAGUACUGUAAUACCUCAAUGUUUGAGGAGCAUGUUUUUGUAUACAAAUAUAUUGUUAAUCUCUGUUAUGUACUGUACUAAUUCUUACAUUGCCUGUAUACUUUAGUAUGAUGCUGAUACAUAACUAAAUUUGAUACUUAUAUUUUCGUAUGAAAAUGAGUUGUGAAAGUUUUGAGUAGAUAUUACUUUAUCACUUUUUUGAACUAAGAAACUUUUGUAAAGAAAUUUACUAUAUAUGCCUUUUCCUAGCCUGUUUCUUCCAGUUAAUGUAUUUGUUAAUGUUUGGUGCAUAGAACUGGGUAACUGCAAAGUUCUGUGUUUAAUUUCUUCCAACGAUGUACAUUUAGUGCUGCGUCUUAUAGCACUUUGAAAUACCUCAUGUUUAUGAAAAUAAAUAGCAAUUACAUGA